AGUAGAGGCAGACCUCGCAGGUGGAAAGGGAUAGUCGACAAGGGAAGCGUAUCUCCAGCAGCCCCCGAGCAUGGCAGCUGCCCCGGGCUGGGUCCUCCUGCUGAGCGUGUGCCACUUUGCAGCGAGCCAGAUGCCAGGAGGAAGAGGAGGAGAUGUUUCACCCCAGAUGCUGUCAGAAAUGAGAGAAACAAACCAGGUGCUUAGAGAAAUCACAGAGCUGCUGAAACAACAGAUUAAGGAAAUCACAUUCUUGAAGAACACUGUGAUGGAGUGUGACGCUUGUGGGAUGAACACGGGAGCGACUGGGCCUGGGAUAAGCGUGACAGCGUUUAACAGGUGUUACCUGAAUCCUUGCUUCCCUGGGGUCACCUGCACGGACACCCCUACUGGCUUCCACUGUGGUUCCUGCCCGCUGGGCUACACAGGCAACGGGACCCAUUGCACGGAUAUCGAUGAGUGCGCUGCCAAUCCCUGCUUCCCCCGAGUCCAAUGCAUCAAUACAGCUCCUGGUUUCCGCUGUGACCCCUGCCCUCCAGGGUACACUGGACCUGUGCUUGAAGGAAUCGGGUUAGCAUAUGCCAGGGCCAACAAACAGGUCUGCAAUGACAUCAACGAAUGUGAGAUGGGCCUUGCCAGAGCUUGUGUUCCCAACUCCAUCUGCAUCAACACCCGGGGUUCCUAUAAGUGUGGGUCCUGCAAAGCUGGCUUCACGGGGGACCAGACUGUAGGCUGCCGGAGCAAGACCGAGAGACGGUGCCCCAACGGAGAGCUGAGUCCAUGCCACGAGAAAGCCGAGUGCGUCAUUGAGCGUGGCGGGGUGCUUGGCUGCAAGUGCAUGGUUGGAUGGGCUGGAAACGGCUAUAUUUGCGGAAGAGAUACAGACAUCGAUGGGUUUCCUGAUGAGAAGCUACGUUGCAGCGAUAAAAAAUGCCGCAAGGACAACUGCGUGAUGGUUCCAAACUCAGGGCAGGAGGAUGCAGACAGAGACGGCAUCGGUGAUGCUUGUGAUGAUGACGCCGACGGGGACGGGAUACUCAACACUGAGGACAACUGUGUGUUUGUGCGCAACUCAGACCAGCGCAACACAGACCAAGACAAUUAUGGAGACGCCUGUGACAACUGCCGCAAUGUGAAGAACAACGACCAGCGUGACAGUGACGGAGAUGGCCGGGGAGACCUGUGUGAUGAUGACAUGGACGGGGACAAGAUUAAAAACAUUAUGGACAACUGCGUGAGGAUUCCCAAUCCUGACCAGAGGGAUACUGAUGGGGACGGCGUGGGAGAUGUCUGCGAUAGCUGUCCCACGAUCCACAAUCCAGACCAGAAAGAUACUGACCACGAUCUUGUUGGGGACCCCUGCGACACCAAUCAGGAUAGCGAUGGGGAUGGCCACCAGGACUCCAGGGACAACUGUCCCUCAGUGCCCAACAGCUCCCAACUGGAUUCUGACCGGGAUGGAAUCGGUGAUGAGUGUGACGAUGACGACGACAAUGAUGGCAUCCCAGAUCUGAGGCCCCCAGGACCUGACAACUGCCGCCUGGUCCCCAAUCCCGGGCAGGAAGAUUCAAACAGAGACGGCAUCGGGAAUGCCUGUGAGGACGAUUUCGAUAAGGAUUUGGUGAUUGACCAGAUUGACGUCUGUCCUGAGAAUGCUGAAGUGACGCUGACUGACUUCCGGGCCUACCAGACGGUAGUGCUGGACCCAGAGGGUGAUGCACAGAUUGACCCCAACUGGAUUGUCCUCAACCAGGGUAUGGAAAUUGUCCAGACGAUGAACAGCGAUCCAGGCCUGGCUGUGGGCUACACUGCGUUCAACGGAGUGGACUUUGAGGGCACCUUCCAUGUGAACACGGCCACCGAUGACGACUAUGCCGGCUUCAUCUUCGGCUACCAGGACAGUGCCAGCUUCUACGUGGUCAUGUGGAAGCAGAUGGAACAGACAUACUGGCAGGCCAACCCUUUCCGAGCAGUGGCUGAACCUGGUAUCCAGCUCAAGGCAGUGAAGUCGAAAACAGGGCCGGGAGAAUACCUGAGGAACUCGCUCUGGCACACGGGAGACACAGCCGAUCAAGUCAAGCUGCUGUGGAAAGACCCCCGUAACGCUGGCUGGAAAGACAAGACCUCUUACCGCUGGUUCUUGCAGCACCGGCCCCAGGUGGGCUACAUCCGAGCUCGCUUCUACGAGGGCUCCGAGAUGGUUGCUGAUACAGGAGUUGUCCUUGACACAACAAUGCGAGGGGGCCGCCUGGGUGUCUUCUGUUUCUCCCAGGAGAACAUCAUCUGGUCUAACCUGCGAUAUCGCUGCAACGACACAAUUCCUGAAGACUAUGAUGCGUAUCGAAAUCAGCAGGAAUACUAAUGCCACCGCCCCUUCCCCUACCCCGGAUUCUCCCGAGAGACUCUUGCUACAUUUGCUGCUUCCUUGCGAUAUAUUCAGUCGUGAACUGCCCCACAUGAACUGUGCCUUGGUCCAUCAGUCCCCCAUAUGCGCCUCUCAGAAGGCUCCCUGGACUUGCUGGGUUUGGACAGAGACUUGUUGGAUCUGCACAGUGUGGAAGAGCAACUGAGCUGCCUACUGGGGGCACACUGGGGCACUGUGAGGGAACAGCUAGCAUGCUGCAAAACAGACACGAGUAAGUAAUUAAAAACUCCCGCAAUCCCCAAUUAGCCACCCACAGAAGAGGAUGCUGACUGUGCCUCCGCACAUGCUUCUUCUCUGGCCUGGCCUCUUUCCAACCAGUCUACACGUACGUAAGUAAAGUGUGCUGUCAAACUGAAACCGACUCAUGGCAAACCCAGGAAGUUCUACUUCAUUCUGAGUUCAAAGCAAGAAAUGAGCAGAGGUGGUUUGCCAUGGCUUGCCUCCGCAUAGCAGCCCCCGUCUUCCUCAGUGGUCUCCCAUCCAAGUACCAGCCUUGCUAAAGCUUCCGAGCCCUGACAAGAUCAGACUAGCUGGGCUGCUGACCUACAGGGGUGGCACACGGGUAAUUCUGUCCCAUGGAGCACCGUCACCUGUGAGGCAGCAGAGCUGUCUGCCACUGGAGCAGACUUCCCAUCGUGCUUCUGCAGGAGCCAUUGUUCUGGGCUUCCGAAGAGGAGGCACAGCUGAUAUAGCUCAUGCAGAAACACAGCCUUCUCUUUCAGUUGAAGAAAGGUUUAAUUCCGGGAAUUUGUGUGAACUGUGCCUACGAUUCUAUUCCCCCCCAAAGGAGCGGCAGCUCAGGUAUUAGAAUUUUGAGACUUGCCAAGCUAAUUCAACUCAGGUGAGGAACCAGGAGUCUCACUUCACCUGCACAGGCCCAGCUGCACCUCAUCUUUGCUAGUCCUCCGCCUUGCUGCCCAAAUCAUGAAACUGGGCCAUUCAAAAAGAAGCACUCUGUUUCUUGGGUGCCAGGAGGGAGAAAAAAACAGGGAGCAUUUUGGGGGGUGGGAAAUCUGACUAAUGAAAGAACUGUAUAUACCAAAGGGACCUUGUACUUUAUAACAUCUGCUGCUGCCUCGAAGGAAAGUUCUGUAGCACAAGAGAGAU